GCGUUACUAUCAGACUCAGGCCUUUUUUUUUUUGUAGUGUGCUUCCAAGGCUCCGUGUUUGUGUUGAAAAUGAAACUCCAUUAAUACUUUCCAGACAAAAGUUAAAAAAAAAAAAUCACUCUAUUUCAAACUCAUUGGGCCUACCCCCAUUGUCACUCAGAGCUUUUAUCUGUGUAGUACAAGUAGUCUAGACGUUAUUACAAGAUCCAGCUAGUAUUCCCAUUCACAAUGACUUUUUUGUGUUCUAUAUCAAUUCAUUUCCUGAUAUUGCUUUAAAGCCUAAAGACCCGGAUAACACACGAACGGGAACACAGAUGGAUAGACUUUAACGUCCUGCAAUCCAGAGUCUAAUUCUACAAUUUCAUCUUGAACGCAUCCUAAGGAUUUUCUGAUGUUGUAAGUGCUGGAUUUCAAAAGAAUCUGAAGCAGAACUGAAUGAGAAUUGGAAUCGAGAGCUGUGUGAAAAAUGGCUGCCAUAUCUGUAUAGGCUAGUACAUCCUAUUUACCCACGUGACUAGAAUUUUCCAGCCAUGUCUAAGAGGAAUUCCGUAAACUACAGGAACUCCGGAUCGUACCGGGCCCCGCCAAGGUUCCCUUCCAGGAGAUACAGUAGGUCCCUCAUGAGAAAUGCUGACGGCUUUGUGAUAGUAUGGAUGGAACGCUUGAUGGCUGACCUAGGUCAAGGCUGCUACUUGGAGAAACUCAAGCCUCGUAAAAAGCAUAAACGGAAAUAUUUUCUGGACUACAAAAACAUGACUGUGUAUUAUGAGGGAUCAAAACGUAAGAAAGUACAAGACACCAAAAUUCCAAUAUCAAAGAUCAAAGAAGUACGAGAAGGAGAAAAAGAAUACGCAAAACAUCUGCAAGAUUUAAACAAAAGCAAGUGUUUCACCAUCAUACUUGGCAACUCACACAAGAUGGUCUAUCUGCUGACGGACUCCGAAGAGAUGAGAGAAAAAUGGGUCAAGGCUCUUCGAUACGCCAUGCAGCUGGAACAGCUUGCAGAGCAGAAAAACGAAAGCAAUAAGAUUGUACGAGAAGCUUUUAACAAAGCAGAUCUGAAUGGCGACGGCCAUCUUGAUUUUGAGGAAGUCCUGAAGCUUCUGAAGUCGCUCAACACAGACAUCAAGAAGAAAUACGCCCGCGUGAUGUUUGAUGAAGCUGAUAAAAACAAAAAUGUUGGCGUUUCAAAAACCAGUGUUCUUGACAGAGAGGAGUUUGUAGAAUUCUACAAUAGGCUGACCAAACGAGUGGAAUUGGAAGAUAUUUUCUUAAAAUUCUCCAAUGGUAAAGGUUACAUGAACAUUCGCGAUAUUUUGGGAUUUUUAAGAGAUGGUCAAAAAAUUGUGGAUGCAAAUGAAGACCAGUGCCGAAACAUCAUUGACCAAUUUGAGCCUGAAGGAAGAUGUAAAAAAAGUGAUCUGCUUAGUGUGGACGGUUUUCGACAGUUUUUAAUAUCAGAAAGAGAGCAGCUAUUUAAUCCCUCCCACCGAGUUGUCUAUCAAGACAUGACACGUCCAAUGACACAUUACUUUAUUGCUUCAUCUCAUAAUACGUAUCUAGCUGAGGAUCAACUUAGAGGCCCCAGUCAAGUAGAAAUGUACAUAUCAGCAUUAAAGAAAGGAUGUCGGUGUGUGGAAUUGGACUGCUGGGAUGGUCCUGAUGGUCAACCAGUCAUUUACCAUGGGUACACAUUGACUUCCAAGAUAUUAUUUGAAGAUGUAAUUAGAGCUAUAAAUAACUAUGCCUUUCAAGCAUCACCGUACCCUGUAACAUUAUCAAUUGAGAACCAUUGCUCUGUGGAACAGCAAGAACGAAUGGCCCAAAUAAUGACUUCAGUAUUUGGUGAUAAAAUCUGGAGUACUCAAACUGACCUAAUCAGAACUCCUACACCUGAAGAUCUCAGGAAUAAAAUCAUUAUCAAGGGUAAAAGACUUCCAUCUAUAACAGAGAGAGAUGCAGACGUGAGUGAUGAAGACGAGGCUGCUGACAUUCCGAAUAAUGAAACAAGUGUCAACAACAACAAGACAAAACGAAACUCCAAGAUUCAAAAAAUCAAAUUGAGUCCAGCCUUGAGUAAAAUCACAAGUAUGAAGAGUGUUGGGUUCAAAACCUUAGAACAAUCUGCCCAGCCAGAUUCAUUUUUUAGUGUUGUGUCCCUUAGUGAAUCCAAAGUGGAGAGGUUUAUACAGACCAAUCCAUUAGAAUUAAAUAAGGUGACCCACAAUAGAUUGAUACGUACUUACCCUGCUGGGUCAAGGACUGACUCAAGUAACUACAUACCCAUGCCCAUGUGGGUCCACGGAUGCCAAGUGGUGGCCCUAAAUUAUCAAACAGGGGGAAAAGCAAUGCAGUUGAAUCAAGGUCGAUUUAUGGACAAUGGUGGUGUGGGUUAUGUUUUAAAACCUCCGUUCCUGCUUUCAGAAGAAAGAUUUAAGUUUGUGACUGGGAACCUCAACAGAAGCGCAAACAGCAUGAGAAAUGUGAAAUUGACUAUUAUUAGUGGCUUUCAAUUUCCAAAACCUAAAAACAGUCAGAAAGGGGAGGUAAUAGAUCCAUUUGUGAAAGUGUCAGUUCAUGGAGUUGCUGCUGAUGAAGCUAAAUUUAGAACUAAAGUUAUUCAAAACAAUGGUUUCAAUCCUAGAUGGUAUGAGACUUUCUCUUUUAAAGUGAAAGUACCAGAACUUGCCCUGUUGAGAUUCACUGUAAAAGAUCAGGACCCUGGGAAAGAUGAUUUCAUUGGAUACUACUGCAUUCCCUUGUCUAGCAUUCAGGAAGGGUACAGACAUUUUCCACUGUACGACAAGCAUGAUAACAUCUACAGGCAAUCACUCAUAUUCAUCCACAUCACUAUAAGCAGUGCGUGAUCCUCUUCUGGAGAUUCAAUUUGUUUUUCACUGCCAUAGUUUUCAAGUUGUUUUUUUUUUAUUUCUUCCAUUAAAUGCUAAAAUGUGUUAUUUCUUGCAAUGUUGUGUUAUAAUGUAAUGAUGCUGUAUACAAUUUAAUGAUGGUGCUAGUAUCAUACAGCUUUUCCCAUCAAAUUAAGAACUCAAGACCAGUGCAAUCAGACAGCAUUUAUGUUUGCUGUUAAUUGUAUCACCCCUUUUUCUUCAUCUUCAGACAUCAAAUGUAAUCAAUUUAUUUUAUAUUGGUUAAAUGUACAAGUUUUCCUUCCCUGAUGGUUGUGCUUACAUAUAUUUGUUUUGAAUGUACAAAUCCAUAUCUUAUGUAGCGUUUUUAUUUGCCAAAUCCUCAACAUGUAUAUUUACAAAAUGUAAUUCGCUUGCAUUUUUUCAAUAAUGUUUUUAAUUAAAUAAAUGCACUAAAAUAUUUCAAUGUAACUGUAUCUCAAAGUUAUGCAACUUUUCAUUCUUCAGCUAACUAUUCUGUUUUGGAUGUCGAAUCACUUUUUAAAAAUUGCAUCAACUCGACUAUGCAGCCAUUAUUGUUAUAACUUGUGAGAUACUUUGUAUGAGUGUUAUCUGUCUAGUUGUAAAGAAAAUGGUUUUCUUUUUUUCUAAAGAGAUUUCCCAAAGCAUCAGCUUGACAAUACAUUCAAAUAAAGAUGAGUGAAUGUAUCAGUAUCUUUGUUAUUAUACUCAAAUCUUUCAAAAGUUUAUCAAUAUUUUUUAAAAUUUAAUUUGAUUAUUGGCAUGAUCACAUUGAACAAAGGGGGCUGGGUGGACAAGGGAGGGGUUGUUCUGUUAUAAAAGAUUUGACAAAGCAUUUCUUUAAACUUCUACUGCUGAUCAUUUGUAUAAAUAAAACUAAUAGGCUGGUAGUGUUCUCGUUUAUGUAAUUUUUUCUCAAACCCACCCCAACAACCAAUAACAUGACAUUUUGAUACAAACUAUACAAUUAUUUAUUUUAUCCUUUACUGUCAAUUACUACACAGAAUUGAACAUUUAAUAUUUCAUCUUAUUUAUUUGUUAAUACAUUCAAUAUAAUUAAGGAUUAGCAAUAGCUACAUAAUUUUAUUUCUUUUUUCAUGUGAUUAGCUUAACAGGCAAAUAAACAACUGCUGAUCUGUAUCUCAUGUUGCAUUAUUAUUUCUUUGUAUGACAUUCUACACAUUGGCAAUAAAUAGUUUUAGAAGCAA